ACCAUAUUUUAAUUAAGAAUAAUAAGAAAUUGACAACUUAAUUGCGAGCUAAUGGACUCCAGUGGUGAGCGGUUGCAUCCAAACUGGCAGGGCUUGGCCAAAGUCCAUAUUCCGUUUAUACGCUUCACCCACGCAGCCGAAAAUGGACAGGAGCCCAAAAGUAUUCAGCAAAAAUACGAAAUAGACGGUGUCAAUGGUGAAGAGGUGCAAAAGUUUUACCAGGAAGUUCUGGAGAGUCCUGCAACAAGUCGGAGUCGGCCAAAACCUCAAUCGGUAAGCACAACGAGAGCGAAAGCGUCGCCGCAGCUACCCUUCGACAAGAAUAAAUUUUUCCGCCUAGCAACGGCCAACAGCAAUCUAGAGGAGCUGUCUAAGAUGAGCAUCAGCAGUGCAGAGCUAAAUGUACAGGAUAGUUACGGCUGGACGGCUUUAAUGAUGGCCGCGUGUGAGGGCGCGGACACAAUCGCUGCAUGGUUGCUUGAAAUGGGCGCGGACAUCGGAGUAGCUGACAAAAGUGGCCACACAGCAUUAACGCUGGCUAGACGAAAGGGACACGCAGCCAUAGUAGAACUACUAGAGAAGGAGCGCAAUGAUUUAGAAAUGGAAGAUGAGGAAGUUGCAUCUGAAGCCUCUGAAGCAUCUGUGACGCCCUUCUACUGUGAUAUUUGCCAAAGGAGUUACUGUGAAUCCACGUGGCGAGCUCAUCAGACCUCUACUGUGCACCAGUUCAAUGCUAAUCCGGCUAUUUUUAACAAACUGCAAAAAUUCAAUAUAUCCACGAAGAAUCGUGGCCUGCGCAUAAUGGUAAAGCAGGGCUGGGAUCGCGAACACGGUUUGGGGCCCCAGCAAAAUGGACGUCUAUAUCCUAUAAAGACGGUCUUGCGCAAAGAGCGGAACGGCUUAGGCAUUGAGCAAUCUCCUGCGCGCGUAACACACUUCUCGGCAUUCGAUACAAAUGCAACAAAGCGCCGGAAUCCUGUUCCGCGGGAGCAGAGACGUACUCGUAACGAUAUGCAACGUGAGAAGGUGCGUGAAAGAAAACGUGAGCGACGUUUACGCAAUGAAUUAAGUUAAAGACUGAGACAAUGGUAUAUAAGUUAGGGCAUUUUAUGUUGAAAUUUAAGAAUUUGUUUUGAAUUUCUUAAAUAGGUAUGUGUAAGUUAUUCAUAAAUAUAUGC